ACUGGGAGGAGCUCUCCUCUCGUGGGGCUCCUCCUUCCAGUCCCUUCGUUUUCUCCCACUUGCCCCCUCACACACUCACUCGUCUCCACCUCCUCUGCUCUGAUAUGGAGCCAGAGAGGGAGAAGAUGAAGAAAAAGGAGUAAAAGAGAAGAGGGCGCGCGGGGGAUCUUGUUUUUUUUUUCUUACAAGAGGAAAAGGCGUCACACCGGGUGCAGCGCGGAGGACGGAAGAGAGAGAGACGCAUCACGGAGAGAGAGAGAGAGAGAGAGAGAUAGAAGAGACUGAGAAAGGAGGGAGGGAGGGAGGAGGCGACAGCGGCUCGUAAACACGACAGAAAACGGCGAAUAGGACGACAGACAGCGGCGAUCGACCCCCCCACAGCCAACCCCGUGUCAUUCCUCAUCUCUUCAUCUCCAUCCUUUUCUGCGCCGUUCAGCUCAUCAUUUUGCGCAACUCGGCAGCUCGCUGUUUUCUAUUUUCACUCUUUUACACCUUUUUCUCGGUAGAAUUGCACACAAGAGGCUACACAUCAGAUGCAAGAGAGGAGGCUGUGCCAUCACUUCCACGGACAGGAUCCACUCUUAAGUCCUUCUCGGGACGAUCAUCGGCGAAACCGAUCCGGUGCAUAAACGGAGUAGUGGAGGGUAAACCCAGCCGGAUGACUGAAGUCUAACCUGGGAAAAAGAGAGAGACCCCGGCCCCCUGGUUAUCACCGAGACUCCAGCAUCACCAAUGCGAUGGUUUAGCGGCUCCUGCAGCAAAACUGCCAGAGCAGAAUCGGAUCAGCAGGGCUCUCAUCCACCAUGAACCUCUGAAAGACAUCCGACACGGGCACAGAUGGGAUGAAAAUGCGGCGGCACCGAGUGUUCUUGCUGUGCACAGUAGGCCUGUGUGUCAUCUCCUUCCUGCACUACUACAAGGCCCUCCACUACGUUUCCCUGCUGCGCGAGCUCUCAGCCCCGUACCCCAACAUCAAGUCUUUCAUCAUGGUCACCGGCUUCUUCUGGAGGGAGAAGGGUGUGUCUACAACCCCACUCAGCCCUGCCUCCCCUGAAGAGGCCCCUCCUCUACCCGGUCUCCAUCAAUCGGACACCAAAGCUAGAGCUGUGGCAGGUGCUGUAGGAGGAGGAGGAGGAGGCGGGGAAGGGAUGGGUCUUGGGAUGGGGGGAGUGGUGGCUGGAGGUCCUGGAAUUGUUGGAAGCGCAAGGCUUGAGAUGAGGUUAAGGCAGGAGCCAGCACCCCCUCAUCCUUGGGAGAAACCCGAGGAGAACCAGCGAGGAGACACUCCCAAUGAGGAAAUGCCUGAAGACCGUUUGAAACCCCGGCACCCCAGCAACCCAGCUCAGCCUGCCAAGCCUGAGCUUCCAGAGGUCCCAUUUGCUGGACAAGAACAUCGAGUGGUAUUAAACAAAGAUCAAUUUCCAGAACCCUUAGAAGCUUUGGGAGACCUCCACACCCGCACUUACCAGCUCAAAGAUGACAAAACCCCAUACUUUGUUCGAACCAAAGCUGGAGCCCUUUGCUUCAGGCAGGGAACGGAGGUGGCUACCCCAAAGGAGUACUCUGGGAAGGCAGGGGGGACUUUGGCUAAUCGAGCUGUGGAAGGUGCUCGAGCAGGGCAGCGGAAACCUCUGGAGGUUCAGCAGCAGCCCUCCUUGGCUCCAAAAGCAAAGGCCAGGGCCAGAGGCAACGGGAAACGACUGGUAAAAUGUGUGUGUCGGCCGGGAUGGCAUGGACCUUACUGUGGGGUUCCCACUAUGGUGUACCACUCUAAUCUGCCCACUAAGGAGCGGCUGACACCAAGAGAGACCCCACGAAGGGUGAUUAACGCCAUCAACGUUAAUCACGAGUUUGACCUGCUACAUGUACGCUUUCACGAGCUCGCCCAAGCUGUUGAUCUGUUCCUUGUUUGUGAAUCAAACUUUACUGCCUAUGGAGAGAAACGGCCUCUGAGUUUCCUCAGGCUACUCCUCAAUGGUACGUACGACUACAUACGUCACAAGAUCCUGUAUGUUUUCCUCGACCACUUUCCAGAGGGUGGUCGGCAGGACGGCUGGAUCGCUGACGACUACUUGCGUACCUUCCUGACACACAAUGGCAUGUCUAGGGUGGUGGGCGUAAGAACAGACGAUGUCUUUGUCAUCAACGAUGCUGAUGAAAUCCCUGCUCACGAGGGCCUUAUUUUUCUCAAGCUGUUUGAUGGCUGGACAGAGCCGUUCGCCAUCCAUAUGCGCAAGUCACUGUAUGGGUUCUUCUGGAAGCAGUUUGGGUCUCUAGAGGUGGUAUCUGGAUGCACGGUAGGGAUGCUUCGCGAGGUCUAUGAUGGCGAUGGUAUAAAGCUCCGACGCCGCGAGUAUUACACCAUGCCGGGUUUCCGCAAGUAUGAAAACGACACAGGCCACAUUCUGGUGCAGUGGUCAGUGGGCAGCCCCUUCCACUUUGCCGGUUGGCACUGUUCCUGGUGCUUCUCACCCGAGGGGAUCUACUUUAAACUGGUGUCAGCACAGAACGGAGACUUCCCGAGGUGGGGCGACUACGAGGACAAGCGUGACCUCAACUACAUCCGUGAUCUUAUCAGGACGGGGGGCUGGUUCGAUGGUUCCCUCCAGGAAUAUCCUCCCGUGGACCCCAAAGAGCACAUGUAUGCCCCAAAGUACAUGCUGGAGCACUAUGAUAGGUACCGCUACCUCCUGGAGAACCCUUACAACAAAGCGUCUAGACUGAGUGAGGGCUAGGAGUUCAGCAGGCAAAAGCUAUGUGAAACAACAAGUAGGGCCUGAGUGAGGCCUCAACACUGACUUUUUGGGGGCUAAACGGUACUGAUGAACUACAUCUCCUAUUGGUGAGGUGCUCAUGUAACUUCAUCAGGCAGCACCCAUGAUGCAGGGAUUAAAAAUCUCUUCAAAAUAAUUAUUUUGGGUUCAAAAAAAGAAACUGAAUCACAUCCAUCAUGGAUUUAUAAAGAGAUCGUUGCGAGGAUACAACCACUGGAUAAACAAAUCCCUCCCCUUUUUGGGGGAGGAGCCAAGCUAUCUCUCUUUUUGUCACCCUGCCUCCGUCCUCCCUUUCCUCAUCCGAGCCAAUAAGCCUGCUGACUGAGAGCAAGAGAACUCUUUGAAAGCAAUGAGAGGGAAAUGUUGCGGCCAUGUAGACCCUGUGGAGAAAAGAAAAUUGGAAGUGAAGGAUUGUUUGUUUUGUUUUGUUUCUGUCUGUUGAUUUUAGUUUACUGACUGGAUGACGAUCCCUCUUCACUCUCCACCUCCAAAUGUCUUCCUGUCAUAUUUGAUGACCUCAUUCCAGAACCAGACAUUCAGAUAUUUUUUCUUUCUCGCGUAUCAGUACAAAAUGAUAAACCGUAUUUAAACCCAGCUGGAGUGUACCCAUUGCCAAAUGAAAAGGGAUGACUUGA